AUGGCGAAAAAGGCAGUGUUGAUCGGAAUCAACUACCCGGGGACGAAGGCGGAGCUGAGAGGUUGCAUAAACGACGUGUGGCGGAUGCAUCGCUGCCUCGUCGAGCGUUACGGAUUCUCCGAAGACAACAUCACCGUUUUGAUCGACACGGACAGGUCGUACACGGAGCCCACGGGGAAGAACAUUCGAUCGGCGUUGACAUCACUGGUCCAAUCGGCGGAACCGGGGGAUGUGCUGUUCGUGCACUACAGCGGACACGGUACGCGCCUGCCUGCGGAAACGGGAGAGGAUGAUGACACUGGAUAUGAUGAAUGCAUUGUUCCUUCUGAUAUGAAUCUUAUCACUGAUGAUGAUUUCAGGGAAUUUGUGGAUGGGCUCCCUAGAGGUUGCAAGAUCACAAUUGUGUCUGAUUCUUGCCACAGUGGUGGCCUACUUGAAGAAGCCAAGGAGCAGAUAGGACACAGCACAAAGGGAGCGGAGGAACAGUCUGGCUCUGGCUCUAGCUUUGGAUUUUCAAGUUUUCUACAUCGUACUGUGGAAGAUGCCAUUGAGUCUCGCGGAUUCCAUAUCCCGUCAGGAUUGCGCCACCACAAAGGCAGGGAUGAUGGAGAUGAAGAUAGGGAUAUUGAUCUUCCACAUGGGGACUAUGGCUAUGUAAAGAGUAGAUCUUUGCCCCUUUCAACCCUUAUUGAUAUACUCAAGCAGAAAACCGGGAAAGAUGAUAUUGAUGUUGGAAAACUGAGACCUACCCUUUUUGAUGUCUUUGGGGAAGAUUCUAGUCCUAAAGUGAAGAAGUUCAUGAAUGUUAUUUUGAAUAAACUUCAACAAGGAGGUGGUGAAGGUGGGGGUGGAAUAAUGGGGUUGGUGGGUGGUCUUGCCCAAGAGUUUCUCAAGCAUAAGAUUGAUGAGAAUGAUGAGGGAUAUACAAAGCCUGCACUGGAGACACAAGUGAAAAAUAAGCAUGAGGCCUAUGCUGGAUCGUCCACACACGGCCUUCCGGAUGGUGGGAUUCUGAUGAGUGGAUGUCAGACUGACCAAACUUCUGCAGAUGCAAGUCCUUCAGGAAACGCUUCCGGUGCUUAUGGAGCUUUUAGCAAUGCAAUACAGGCUAUAAUUGCGCAGAGUGAUGGUGCAAUCACAAACCAAGAACUUGUUCAGAAGGCACGGGAGAAGCUCAAGAGGGAGGGUUUUACUCAGAAACCCGGACUCUAUUGCAGUGAUCACCAUGUUGAUGCUCCUUUUGUGUGUUGA